GACCCCUAUUGAAGCAUAUCCUAAUAGAUCCUUGGUAAUAGUUACUACUAGUAUUAGCCAACAUUUAUUUAUUUCCUGUCGGAACCCACCAACCUUAUCUUUUCUUCAUCUCUAAGACUUCAACUCUGUAGACCAAAUCUCAUUGCCCAUUUUUAUUCUUGAACCUUCGAAAUUAGUAUAUGUCCUUUCUCACCUCUUAAAAUGGCAGCUAUUAUCUCUUGCAACUGUUACUUUUCUUUAGCUGCCUCUAAAUGGGUUAAUCCAAGAAUACCCACCAAAGGUACAAGCUUUCUAAGGACUCAGAAGAGUAGUUCUUGGUUGAAUAGGCAGUUGCUGCCCAAAUGUCCUUCCCAGAAGCAUGUUCAAUGUCACCUUCAAGAUGGGCAGAAAGGGAGGUCAUUUCCUCUGAAGGAAUGUGCAGUCUCCAUUGUUUUGGCGGCCGGGCUGAUAACUGGAAUGCCAUCAUUGGAUUGGUCUCCUAAUGCUUAUGCAGCUAGUCCUGCGUUGCCCGAUUUGUCUGUUUUAAUCUCUGGGCCUCCAAUAAAGGACCCUGGAGUAUUGUUGAGAAAUGCACUGCCAAUUAACAAUAAAGCUGUUAGAGAAGUACAAAAACCGCUUGAGGAUAUAACUGAGAGUCUCAAGAUUGCUGGUGUCAAGGCUCUUGAUUCUGUUGAGAGAAAUGUGAGGCAAGCAUCCCGAGCCCUAAAGCAGGGGAAAACUUUAAUUAUUGCGGGAUUAUCUGAAACAAAGAAGGAACAUGGGGUGGAAUUGCUUGACAAGCUGGAAGUCGGGAUGGAUGAACUACAACAGAUUGUGGAGGAUAGGGAUAGAGAUGCAGUGGCACCUAAACAGAGGGAGCUGCUUCAAUAUGUUGGAGAUGUUGAAGAGGAUAUGGUGGAUGGCUUCCCAUAUGAAGUACCUGAAGAAUAUCAAAGUUUGCCUCUUUUGAAGGGGAGGGCAGCUGUGGAUAUGAAGGUCAAAGUCAAGGACAAUCCUAAUCUAGAGGAGUGUGUGUUCCAUAUUGUUUUGGAUGGGUAUAAUGCCCCGGUAACUGCAGGGAAUUUUGUUGACCUGGUGCAAAGGCGCUUCUAUGAUGGCAUGGAAAUUCAGAGAGCGGAUGGGUUCGUUGUUCAAACUGGAGAUCCUGAAGGUCCUGCACAGGGUUUUAUUGAUCCUAGUACUGAGAAAACCCGGACAAUACCGUUAGAAAUCAUGGUGAAUGGGGAGAAAGCACCUUUCUAUGGAGCAACGCUGGAGGAGCUUGGUCUAUACAAGGCUCAAACAAAACUCCCCUUCAAUGCUUUUGGAACCAUGGCAAUGGCCAGAGACGAGUUCGAGGAUAAUUCCGCCUCGAGCCAGGUAUUCUGGCUGUUAAAAGAAAGUGAGCUAACACCUAGUAAUGCCAAUAUAUUGGACGGCCGGUAUGCAGUGUUCGGUUAUGUGACAGAAAAUCAGGAUAUUUUGGCCGAUCUCAAGGUUGGUGAUGUUAUAGAGUCAAUUCAAGUGGUAUCUGGCCUGGAUAAUCUAGUCAAUCCAAGUUAUAAGAUAGCUGGCUAGAACUUCUUUUUGUAGUGCGGGGACAAAUUUAUAAUAAAACAGUAAGGCUUCAUGGGGUUCAAUUCAUUCUGUAAUCUUUCAAUUUGACCAGAAUUAUGGUAUUUCCCGCUGGGAAUGUGUUCUUCUUUGAAUAAUGUACUGGCAUCCUGAAGAGGGACAUUCUCAUUUUCCUUUCCAGUAUAAUCAGAUGUGAUAAAAGGAUAUCGUACGAAA